CCCCCACCUCUCUCUCCUAUAAAAUCCGAUACUCAGCGUCUAUCUCUCUUUGUCUCCGCCUCUCUCUCUGUCCUCGCUCUCCAUUCAUGUGGCGAUCGUGGGUGAGCUCGCCGGGUGGGGUCGAAACCGCACCAGCUUCAUAUAAGAACUUCACUUGUUCAUCGUUCAAAGACAUUCAAAGCCUCUGUAAAGAGGAAAAUCACUGUUCUUCCAAUCUCAAGAGACCCUCCAUUUUCCACCGGGUUCGGGUUGUGACCUCGGUCCUGCGAAACUGGUCCUCGACCCAAACCAACCCGGAACCGAAUCCGAAACCGGAGCCUGCGCCGCCGCAGCCGUGUGUGUCUCUUACCGGCGGCGACCAGAGCGUGGUGGUUUACUUUACGAGCCUACGCGUGGUGCGCAAGACCUUCGAGGACUGCAGCACCGUGCGAUUGAUCUUGCGGGGGUUUCGGGUGAAGGUCGACGAGCGAGAUCUGUCUAUGGACGCUGGGUUUUUGGACGAGUUGAAGGGGAUUUUGGGGAGGAAGAAGCUGAGUUUGCCUAGGGUUUUCAUUGGUGGCAGGUACGUGGGCGGAGCGGAAGAGAUCAGGCAGUUGCACGAGACGGGCGAGCUGAAGAAGCUACUCGGAGGGUUCCCCGUGGCUGCCGGCGUAUGCGACGAGUGCGGAGGGUAUAGGUUCAUGCUCUGUGAGAACUGCGAUGGAAGCCGUAAGGUGUAUAGUGAGAAGACUGGUUUCAGGAUCUGCACGGCGUGCAACGAGAACGGUCUGAUCAGGUGCCCUUCUUGUUCGUAUCUACACCUCUGAUACACCAAAUCAUAACCCCCAAAAACCUAAAAAAUUAUUUUUCUUUUCUUUUUAUUAGUUUAGCAGUGUAUUUGACAAGAGAAGAAGGGAGAAGGAAAAAAAUUUCCAAAUCCCUUGUAAUUUUUAUUUCUAAAAUUUCAUUAUUGGGUGAAAUUUAUUCGGUACAGGCCAAUUGCCACAGAAAAUGAAUAUGGUGAAAGGCCAAAAUAUUUUCUAAACUGCAAUUAUAGAAAUUGUCUUAUUUCAAUUUUUUUUAGUUGUGUGUAUGUUGAAGCCAACUGCCCUUGUACCAAAAUGCCCAUUUCAUAAUGGACCCACAAGAAAAAUGGAGACCCAUGAAGAUCAGUUUCUUCCACCAAAGGUUACAUUUGCUUUCUUGCAGGAGGGAACACUUUUAUAAGGCUAUAGUGAUUAGAAAGUUUGCGUUGAAGGUCAGUUUCAAAUCUUACCAAUGGGGUUGCAUCCUUUGGAAUUUUCAUGCAUUAUUGUCUUUGAUCUGGCUAGAGGGACUGAGGGAAUGAGGGCUUGUAGAAAAGCUUGUGGGUGCAGGAGAGACCAGUUAGAUUAUUUUGGAAUGGAAGAAUGGUUCGUUUUCUCUGGGAUUGAGUGGCAUGAGUAUAUAUGCUGAUCACUUUUUGUGAAGUUUUCCAAAUCUAAAGUCAGUGAAUGCCUUGAUUAGGAAAAGGGCGAACUACCUAUUCUGUUUGGAAUUUUUUUAGGGUUACCUCGGCAAAAGUGGUUGGGAAAGCAACCAUCUGUUUUAUUCUGAUCUAAUUUUGGGUGAAUGGGCAAAGUUUGAGAAAGUGAUUGAUUGCUUUGGAGAAGUGACCUCAAAGCAAGCAUGGGUUUCGAACUAUAUAUGCCAUGGAGGAAUGGCGUUUGACAUCAAUAACAAUAUAGGCCUAAAGAAGCUGAUUGGGAAGUGAGAAAUGGGAAUUUGUUUUCCUAAGCCGACGAAAGAGCAAUGAAGGUGAAGUUUCCAUCUCUAUUCUCAUCAUACAUGAUGAUGAGCAGCAACCUUGAGGUUUUGAAUG